AUGCUCGAGGGCCCAUGGGAGCCCAGCUGGAUCUGCGGAAGCAAGAUCGAGGAGAUCGUCUGCAUCGGCAAGGACGUCCUCGCGUGGUGUACAGGCGUGCACAUCGUGUUCUUCAACGUCCCCCUGUGCAAACAGAGCCUCCGUUGGUGCUGGAACCACGAAUCGGGGGAGGGUGCCCACUGUCUAUCGGGUCACUCCAGCCUGUCGGUCUUCUGCUUUGCGGAGAAGAUCGCCCAUCCCAGAAUACUGGUCUACUCCUAUCCUUCGAUGACGAAGAUCUCCGAGUGCAGCGGCGGCUGUCGAACCGGAUACCUAACCACGGAGUUCACGGCUCGAGAUCAUCUAGUCUCCCUGGGUCUGUACCCCCAGUUUCCGCUAACCGUUUGGUGCUGGAGGACAGGAGAGGAGCUCGUCUCGGUGAGCACGUCCAUUCGUGACGACGUUGGCCAGAUCCUUCGCGUCACCCAGCUGGGACCGAUAGUCGUCGCGCAGAUGGGCAGAACCUGCGGAAGAUUGUUCACGUGGGAGCUCGACGUGGCGGGGAAGGUCGUGACUUUGAAAGAUCACGAGGUGAAGCUUCCAAAAGGGGAGUCGAUCAUGUGGGUGGACUGGUCUCCGACCUCCAAUGAUCCCCUGCUCGCGAUCACGGACCAAGAUGGCCACAUCUUCCUGAGUAAUUACGACGGUAGCAAUGUCUAUCGCAUAGUGUUGUCCCAACGGUGCGGAGUGUGUCUGGACAUAGAGCUGCCGAUGGUCCGUUGGUUUCGCGAGGGUAUCGUGUUGCGUACCACCUUUUGUCAGAUCCGUUACUUCAAGUGGAACGCAAGAACCGACAGGUGGCAGAGGGAGUGGUACGUCAAGUCGACUACAAAGCCGUGCUUCCUGGUGACCCACCCCUUCAGGAACGAGUGGCUCUUCUAUCACACGCUGGAGGGCUACUUGAUGAAGAUCGAUUUCUCGAAGGAAACCAAUGUUCCCGCGAUCGAGAAGUAUCUGGAGUACGGCGCCGUCUAUCGGUUCGUCGACUUCGUGUACCCUUGGUGCCAUCAUCUCGUGGUCACCGACAAUCCGAAAGAACUGGUGGUUCUGGAGAGUUACAACGGGACCCCCGUGUCGAUGAUCGAUCCAGAGAUCGAGGGCGACAUCAGUUGUCAAGCCUCUCAUCCCGAUUACCCGGUGACCGUUCUGGGGACCUCGCAGGGCGAAUUGGUCUUCGUCAGCGUCGCUGACCCUUACGAACCGAGGAUCGCUGCUCGCUUGAGGCUGCAGAGGGCCCCUCUGGAUUUGAUCAAGUUCUCGCACAGUGGCAGAUCCCUGGUAGCCGCCGAGAAGAGCACCGGUAACAGCUAUUGCGUCAACUUGCAACGCGACAAAAUGUGCAACGUGCAGGCUCUGAUCCAGCCCCGUCGAGAGAUCAGUGACGCUUUGAUCUACGAGGGACGCAAAAGGCUGAACGUGCUGCUGCUCCAUGUCGGGGCGAAGCCGUACGCCGUGGGUCAGCAGUUGCUCCUGUUCAUCGUGCCAGAGGAUCGAAACCUGGUCACCGACACCACCGCCAUUUUGGAUUUGCCUGGUGUCUACCGUACUCUGUGGCAGGUCCCCUCGAAUCCCAUGAUACUCGUAGGAUCGCCCUAUACGACGAGGCAGUUGCGACUGCAGAUCAUUCAGGACUUCAAGGACGUGGUCGCGGUGGAUGGCAUGGAGACGGGACACCACGUCAAACUGGCCAAUAUCUUCGUCGAUAGACACUGGAUAACCACCACAGCCUUCGACGGGCUGGUCAUCGUCAGAGACAAGGGCGUCCAACGAAUAUUGACGCAUUUUAUGACGCACCACAGGGCAGACUUUGGCAGCGUCAAGGCGAUGGUGAAUAGAUCCGGGAAUCUGGUUGUCUGUUUGGGGUACAAUGGCUCCCUGGUCGCAAUGAGAUCCGUUCAUAACCAUAAAAAGGAGAAUCCACAGUCGCCCGAUGCCCACGACGCGAAAACCAUCCAUCGAGUGGACUACACUUUCUACGAGAAGCAGAAGAAAAAGAUACUCUCCGACUACGCUAGCUUGGAUCCCGCGAUCAAAAAUCUGUUCGCACAAUCGAGGAUCGAGGUCCCCGGACCCGAGGAGGGCGACAAGACUUGGACGGAAUGGAGGGACGAGAUGCAGACGAAAGAGGAGGAGAUCCAGUGCCGGGAGAAGAGGGCAGCUAUUCUGAGAGACUUCGAGGUCCUGAAGGCCAAAGUGAAGAAGCUGCUGGACGCCAACGAGACCUGUCCAGAGCUCGAGAGGCUCCCCGUCUCGGCUUUCGAUCUGGACAUAGCCGGCCGCGAUCACAAAUUGAAGGCUGGUCGCGACGAGUGUGAGAACAUUCGCAUGGAAAUCGAGCACAACUGCAACGAGAUGAGAAAGGUGACCAAUUGGAUACGAAAGAAUUUCUGGGAUCCCCAGGUGGUCGUUGGGAAGUCCCUGGUCUCCAUCUAUGGUACCAAGCAAGUGACCAAUUAUCCUUCGGUGGCCGAGGACCCUCUGGACAAGGACCGCUUAAAGUGGGCGCAUUUCUGCAAGGAGGCUGUCCAGAGAAUCAUGCAAGGCGAGACUUUUGAACCUUGGCAGGUGUAUACCGAGGACGAACUGCAGGUGGAAUUGAACAAAAGAUUGACGCUGUAUCGGGAGGAGGAUCUGAGGAUCGAUUUGUUGCUCGACGACGAGGAUGAUACGGACGUCUCCGAGGAGGAACUGACGAGGCAGAGAGAAUGGGAAGGUACGAUCGCCCACCAAUUCAUCGAGACGUCGCCCUGCUACUCCCAACUGGAGUCGUACGGUUACGAUCACGUGACGAUAAACAAUCGUUUCCUGAUGCGCGACUGCGAGGAGCUUCGAACCUACUUCAACAAAUCCUUCGACGAGGUUUACGCGAUGAAAGAGAGGGAGAUGAACGUGAUACAGGAGAGAAUAGAGAAGAUACGUCACAUAAACUCAGAACUGAACGUCAUGUUCAAACGAUCCGUGCCUCACGUUCCUCCCAACCCCGAAUGGCAUUGGCAGGAGAGGCCGGAGAGCAUCAUCACGGUCCAGGAUCACGAGGUCGACGUGAAACCCUACGUCUCGCCGUCACAGCAAGAGCUCCUGGACAAGCAGGCGGCUGAGGAAGAACGAAUCAGACUGUUGAUGCUGGCCGACGACUUCCGCGAACGCGCGCUAAUGGCGAUGAUGGAUGGCGUGCUGGAGAUUCGAUGGGAGGACACCAUCAAGAUAGACGUUCCUAAACCGGCCUGCAUGCUCGAGAAAAAUCCGAAGGACUACACCGCGGAGGACAUAGAGACUGUGAAGCAGUACGAAAAGGAUGUUCAGUUCCUUCAGGAGGAACGCGAACGCUACCACAGGAUGCUCACCGUCGAGUACAUCAAGGUCAAAGAACUCCUGCAGGAGGGAGUCGACAAGUUCAACGGAAAACUCGACGAAUUGUUUCGCCUGAAGAUGAACGUCGAGUCGGCCAUAAAUCAGAUGCACCUACGAUACGUUCGCGGCUGCUUGCGAAACUAUUAUCGAACGAAGGCCCUGCACCAGGAAGAGGAGGCGCAUGAACGAAUCGCGGAGAAACGGCGAUACGAGGCUACCUUGAAGGCCCACGAGCAGACUUUUCAAACCGUUCGUCGAGAGCUCCUCGUUCAGCACGAGGCGCAGUGCAACCGGGAGAAAACGUUGCCCAGAAGGUUCAGGACCGAGCUGUCGAUGUUGACCAAGCUGCAAACCGAGCUCAUGGAGCGCCAGUACAAUCGUCGACCGAGAACCAGCCUGCAAAAUCUCGGAUCGUACGAUUUCCUGGACCUUGGUGGCCACGUGGUCGCUCGAACCAGACCAGUGUAUCUGCCAUCAGAGUGCACGGACUAUCUGAGAGCCCUGGACCACCUGGACGUUCGACCAAGCGUCCUUCCGCCAACGAUAGAGACCCACCACUGGGAGACGCUGGUCCGACUGCGUCGCCAGAAGAUCAACGCGGAGCUGAAGCUCAGGGCGAAGAAGACCGAAAUCAUGGACGUCGAGAACAUUAUUUACGGGCUGAAGCUGAGGAACGACAAGUGCAGGGCCGAUAUAGACGAGGCGACGAGGAAUUUGGAAGACAUGAGGAAACGUCGGAGGAUCUCCGAAUUGGACGUCGAGGUUCAGCUGGUGCUGAAGAUGGGGCAGGUCGAGAUCGGUCUUACGGGGGACUUGAACGACACGGAGAACGCGAUUCUGGUCUCACGGACCGAGAUCGAGGACGUGAAUAAGCUGAUCCGGGCCGCUGGGGAGUGCAAAAUAGAUGCUUUGUCGCGUCUGUUGAACUUUAAAAGAGGUACGGCGAUGAAGGAGUGGGAGCACGAGUGCGAGAAGAAGCGUAUGGACGACUUGGAGGAGGACUUCCGGUUCCUGGGGUCGGUGGUGGUGACGAAGGAGAUGCAGGAGUACCUGAAGAGGACGGCCAGAGGGUGGCCAGACGACAAGACCGCGGAACGGAUGGACGAGGAGAUCGAGGCGACGAAGCAGCGAUUCGGUAAGAUCAUCGCGAGCCACAGGUCCCGGCUGCAGUCCAUCGAGAACCAGAUCGAGAUCACCAGGAGCACGAACGAGGAUCUCGAUCGUCGGAUCUUGGAGAUGAACGUGGCGAGGUGCGAGAUGGAGCAGCGUCGCGAUCUUAUCGGCGAGGCGAGGCAGCGGGAACACACAGAGUGGAAGAUAAGGAUGGUCAUGAGGCGAUCCCGUCUGAUCAAGAAGGUGCAGGAUAAUUACGCGGAGAUACUGAUGCUGCAGACGGAGCACGAGCUGCUCAAGCUUCGUCGUUACCCGACCCUCCACUUCAAGACCUCGGACGACACGCACGACGAGGAGGAUCGUCCGGCUCGGCGCCAUUUUUGUCCCUGUUAA